CAGCAUUGAGAAAAAUAGAUACGCUCUGAUCAUAUUUAAAGGGGGAGCUCUAGCUACCCCCCCGAGUCAGACUUCGCUAUAUAAACAAAGGCGGAGGACUACAAAGAGAAGGCUUUUCAACAAAUAUGGUGUCGCCGGUGACAGUGGUGAAGAGUGAAGGGCCUAAACUUGUGCCCUUUUUCAAAGCCACGUGUGUUUACUUCGUCCUCUGGCUGCCGACUUCCAGCCCUUCCUGGUUCAGUGCCCUCAUCAAGUGUCUGCCUAUCUUCUGCCUAUGGGUUUUCUUGCUAGCGCAUGGGAUCAAUUUCAUGACAGCCCACCGCAGCGCCUGUAGGAUCUUGGCUGGUCUGAUAUUCUCAGCUCUAGGAGAUGCCUUCCUCAUCUGGCAAGAGCAAGGCUACUUCGUUCAUGGUUUAUUGAUGUUUGCCAUCACACACAUCCUGUACUCCUCAGCAUUUGGGAUGAAGCCUUUGGACUUGAAAACUGGCCUGGCAAUGGCCCUGGUGUCCAGCUUCUGCUACACGUUCCUAUAUUCCUACCUCUCGGGCCCAUUUACCUAUCUGGUAGCUGUCUACAUUGCCUUGAUAGGGUUCAUGGGCUGGCGGGCCAUGGCUGGUGUUCAGCUGUGCAAUGACCUUUGGACUUGGACCAAGCUCUCAGCUUGCAUCGGCUCAGUGCUUUUCAUGGUCUCAGAUCUAACCAUUGCAGUCAACAAAUUUUGCUUUCCCGUGCCCUACUCACGGGUCAUCAUUAUGGCCACUUACUAUGCUGCUCAGAUGCUCAUUGCACUUUCUGCAGUGGAGAGCAGGGAUGAAGAAGACUUUAAAAAGAGGAAGUAA